AUGGACAAUUAUAGCUCCAUGAAGCUGGAGUUUCUUGCGCUCAAGUGGGCCAUGGCCGAGAAGUUCCGGGAGCUGAUCCUUGCUGGAACCUGGGUGACGCCACUCCGCCCCAACUGGACCCUCCGACCGGCUUCUUCCACCUACCCUAUUCCUAAUCUACACAAGAAACGCUACAGGAAACGCGGCGCAAUCUUUGAAAAAUACAAUAUCACCUUCCACUGUUACGCCAAUGACAUACAGAUCUAUUUUGAACUUGCUGACGACCUUGCUGUGUCCCUGCACUACUUUCAAGAAUGCAUGCGGGAGGUCAAAGAAUGGUUCCUGACUUUUGCUGCCCUGGGUCCCUUUGCUAACUCUUCCUGUGACUAUGUCAGUAACUUGGGUGUACUGCUGGAUAGCUCGUUCAAACUCGAUAAGCAAGUGUAUGCUGUAGUGAGAUCUAGCUUCCACCAACUGCGUCUUAUCUCUAAGCCUAGGCAUUAUGUUCCACAUGAGGACCUGGAAAAGCUUAUUCACGCUUUUGAAACCUCCAGGUUGGAUUAUUGUAAUUCCUUGUACUACGGUCUUCCCUCUUCUCUUCUUCUUAGACUGCAAACAGUCCAAAAUGCUGCGGCUCGCCUCUUGACUGGUACCAGGAAAUUUUGCCCUAUUACUCUUGUUCUAGCUGGCUUGCACUGGCUGCCCAUAAAGUGCCACAUUCAAUUUAAAAUAUUACUCCUUACAUUCAAAACUAUUAAUAAAUUAGCGCUGAGUUAUCUUAGUGAACUUCUCAAGCCACACACUCCUGCUAGAACACUUAGAUCUGAAGUCUCGGGCUUACUUGUUGUUCCUAGAGUAUUUAAAAGUAGAAUGGGAGGCAGAGCCUUCAGUUUUCAGGCCCCUCUUCUGUGGAACCAGCUUCCAGUUUGGAUUCAGGAGACAGACACUAUCUCUACUUUUAAGAUUAGGCUUCAAACUUUUCUUUUUGCUAAAGCAUACAUUUAG